GUAGUCUGUGAAAGACACCUCGAUUGUACCAAUCUGGGCCCCGGGCUCUGUUGCAUUGUCCCAUUCGGACAGUUUGACCCGGCGGCGGAUUGUCGCGUUGGCCUUGCAGAUCUGGAUUGCGAGGUUGAGGUCGGUCCUGGCGUGCCCCUACUGAUACCAUCAGCCGCGUUCACUCACUACAACACCCCUCUGGUGACAGAAGGGGCACGGCGUGGCUCCGCUGUCUUUUGGACCGGCGGCACCAUGUUUCAAUACCGGGAGCUCGAUGGACGCAUGGUGUCAGAGCUCACAUCAGCUGAGAGGGAUCAGUACCAUCUAGGCCGUGUUUCCCGCAUCGCAGCUGGGAUCGCACGUUUUCCCGAGCGUAAUAUCUGA